CGCGUUUUUCCCGCAAAGCCGCAAAGAUGUGCCGUUCCCGCCCCCCCACAACGGCUCCAUACAGUGGCCCCUGGUGACAACAGAGCUCUGCGACCCCCAUUAUCCAAUUCAUUUACAAAAUUGCACUCAACCACUCCCAAGCUUGCAUGGCGAAGCGACUUGCCUACACCAUCACGCACGCGCCACAGCGUCUCAUCGCAGGGUUGCAGACUCGGGCCACGAUCGGUCCGUGUGCCGCGAUCCACGAACUGUGGCACCAAUUCUGCUCUAACGUCGGAGCCAAGCAGUCGUACGGUGUCUGUUACGACUUCAUGGACGGUGUGUACACGUACCUGGCUGGUCUGGACGUGAAGGUCGGCGAGCCAUUGCCGGACGGAUGGGUCUCGAUAGCUGUCCCAGAGCAAUCGUUCGCCGUUUUUGAGCACAACGGGGACCUGUCCACCAUCAGCAACACUUGGAGUGCCAUCGUAGACUCGGACGACGGCAUCAAGUCGAUUGAGGGGGAGGCGUGGGACCAUUCGGCGCCGACGCUGGAGGUGUUCCCGAGCAACUUCAAGAACGGCGGCGGCCCCGUCACGAUUUGGAUCCCCCUUGUACCCAAAGCGACCUGAGGCAGUUCGUGUCGUACUAAUGAGAAUAUUGGACAUGUACUAAUUACUAGUACAUACUAAUGAGAACUUAGUACAUUUGCAAUUUUUGCAAUGGAGCGAUUGGAUUGGCU